UAUUCCAUUCAUUUAGAUGCACUGCAUUAUUCCGGCUACAACAUUUAGAGACAUUGGAGUUUUAUCAUUUCUUGCUGACAGCAUUUUUAAGAGUCGUUGUUUCUUUGUCUUCAUCUCGUUAAAUCAGUAAGCUGAGGACCCAACUACAACUAUAACGUUCUGCUUCUGAUCAUCGCCUCGUCUUGAAAAAAGAAAAUGGAGACAUAAAACGUUUCAUAGCAUUUUUGCUUCUUGAUUUUCUUCCAUCUCACUUUUUGGUUCACUUCUCGGUUUGAACCAAGUAUCUCUCGUAGAGUCAUUACAAUAAUUUUGGACGUAGAAUUGCAUUACGAAAACUAGCGACUGUCUCGUUCUUCUUCUACUUAGAGCAGUUUUAAGUGUUCGAUCCGGCGUUACCCUGAGUUCAUUUCAACAUGGAAUCCAGGGGUACACAGGCCGACGACCAGGAAAACGUAUAUAUGAACACAGCCCACAAGGACGUCGACCUGGACGAUGAGACGAACGCACCCGACCAGGAAAACACAUACGUCAACACGGCCUACGAUAACGUCGAUCUCGACGAGGACAAGGCCGGUGAUGUCGAGGAUCACGGGAAAACGAACGGUAUAAAUAAUGAAAUGGUAGACGAUGUGGAAGACGAUGAUUACGAUAAUCCAAAGUGCGGAUGGUUCGGCAUCAGACCGGGAUUCAUACAGUGCUUCAAUAAUUCCAAGGGCUACCUCCUCUUCCUCUGUCUCUUCGUCAUCGCACAAAGCAUGACCGUCAACGGGAUCAUCUACGUGAUCACCACCACGCUCGAACGUCGCUUCAGCCUGACCAGCGCCCGCAGCGGCUUCAUCUCCAGCUGCUACGACUUCUCCGUCAUGAUCGUCAUCGUCUUCGUCACCUACCUCGGCGAGAAGAGCCACAAGCCCAGGUGGCUGGGCGUGGGGGCGUUUGUCUUUGCGAUGGGGUCCCUGCUCUUUACGCUGCCUCACUUCGCCACGGACUACUACGAACCCAGGGAUGCGUCAGAUAUCUCGACCUGCGCCAUCAACGGUACCGACAACGGAGGCUGCGCGCCAGGCGAGACCGGUCUGAGCAAAUACUACGCGGUGUUCAUAGCAGCGCAGGUUCUUCACGGGCUUGGUGCCUCACCUAUCUACACACUGGGUCUUACAUAUAUAGAUGAUAACGUCAAACCUACGUUAGUCGCCAUUUACAUAGGUAUAUUCCAGGCUAUGUCGACAUUAGGACCGGCUAUUGGCUACAUUCUCGGUGGACUCUUUCUAACCUUCUAUGUAGACGUCAAUGUAGAUCCAGACGACUUUGGAUUGACGCCUGAGAGUCCUCUCUGGAUUGGUGGUUGGUGGAUGGGUUUCUUCAUCGAUGCAGCUCUCGCCUUUUUUGUCAUCAUACCUCUGAUAGGAUUCCCUAGAGCUUUACCAGGUUCCAUCGCACUGAACGCGGCCCGCAAAGAGGAGGCUCAGAAGGGCUCCACCUUCAAUGCUCGGGCAGGGUUCGGCAACAAGAUCAAGGACUUCCCCAAGGCUGCCGUAAACCUCCUCAAGAACCUCCCAUUCAUGUGUCUGAACGGUGCUUCCUGCACGGAAUGGUUUAUCCUGGCCAGUAUCGCCGUCUUUGGACCCAAGUAUCUCGAGUCUCAGUUCAACUUCACAUCGGGCACGGCUGCCCUGGUUGCCGGCGUAAUGGUCAUCCCAUCCAGUCUCAUCGGCUGCAUCGUCGGUGGGCUCAUCGUGCGGUACUUCAAGCUCGAGUUCAAAGGCAUGAUCAAGUUCUGUAUCGGGGUCCUCACCAUAUCUCUCGCUGCUCUCUUCGUCUUCAUCAUCUCCUGUCCCAACGUCGACUUCGCUGGCGUGACCGUCGAAUACGAUAACAAAUCACUGCCUUUCACUGGAGACGAAGGGAACCUGACUGCGCCUUGUAACGCAGACUGUCACUGUUCCAACGAUUACGAUCCGGUGUGCGGCAGCGACAAUGUCCUCUACUAUUCACCCUGUCACGCCGGCUGUCUUAACAUGUUUGAAGUCGACGAUGUCAAGGAAUACUCUGACUGCAGCUGCAUAGACGCAUCCCAGGAUGGUAUUACUCGGGCAGUAACGGGAAAGUGUGGCUAUGAAUGCCCUCAGCAAAACCUCUUCCUCGCCUUGCUCUUCAUCAUGCUUUUAAGCACGUUUUUCGCCAUCGUCCCGUCGAUCACAGCCAUGCUCAGGUGUGUUGCCAAUUCACAGAAGGCCUUUGCUCUAGGAUCAAUUCACUACUAUAUCGGGCAUUAGGCACCGUCCCGGGCCCUGUCAUCUUCGGUCUCCUCAUCGACAACGCCUGCAGCAUCUGGGAAGAGGAUUGCGAUGGCGCGCGGACCUGCUGGAUGUACAACAACGCCAUCCUGGCCCAGAACACCCUCAUCCUCGUCGUCUGCUUGAAAUGCGUCUCCAUCCUCUUCUUCAUCGGCGCCCUCGUCUUCUACAAACCCGUCUUCGAAGAGGAAGACAAGAUCAAGUUGGCGAACGGUGUCGAGGUCACCGAAAAGGGCGAGUUGAAUGGCGACGCAACAGGCAAUAGUGAGCCAGCUACGUCGAAAUUCUGAGAAGAACACCCUGAUCCUCGUCGUCUGUUUGAAAACCCUCUCCACCCUCUUCUUCAUCGGCGUCCUCGUCUUCUACAAGCUCGUAUUCGAAGAGGAAGACCAGAUCAAGUUGGCGAACGGUGUCGAGGUCACCGAAAAGGGCGAGUUGAAUGGCGACGCAACAGGCAAUAGUGAGCCAGCUACGUCGAAAUUUUAAUUGAGCUGUUAUUAAAACGGUGAAAAUACCUGUCGGUUUGUUUCGAGUGUGUGUGAAACUGUGAACUAUGAAAAUGUCCUUUCUUUGAAGAAAAUAUCGAACGCACUAAUUAGAUGAAAGGUACUUACAUGUGUAAUUAUUCAUGCAAAUGUGUAAUGUGAAUCUAAAAUCUAUGGUGACCUUUUUAUGACGUAGAUUAAUUUUAUUAAGCAAAGGACAUUGUCACAUUCCAGUAGUAAGGGUAGGGGCUGUGGACACUUUGCAAAAAUAAAGCGCUUGACGCUGUAUUUUUUCAAGGAAAAUACAUUUAACAAACCCUAACUGCUAUCAGUAUUUUUCGUAUACGAUGUUUUUUCUUCAACAUAAUUUGGGAAAUAUUCAUCAAACCCUAGAUUCAAACCUGUUCAAAUGGGAUUUUAUUUGUCCUCAUACACGACCUAUCCCAUGGGCGGAUCCAGGAAUUUCUUCCCGGGGGG